AUGGCUAUCAUUUCGGGUGGAUAUGAUCUCCUUUACAUACACAUAAUUAUUUAUCUUUACGAGUUGUUUGGUUUCAUAUCCACUGAUGUCUACUUCUUUGUAAUGGAGUUUGCUUCGUUUCUGAAGCUUCUGAGUGAAACCGAUGGUUUUGGAUGUGGGAUAUUUGUUUUUGGUUGCUUCUCACAGUUUUUCAAUCUCCUCUUUCUCUGUUGCUUGCUUCUUUUGGGACUCAAGUUUCUAUUUUUCAAGGGUUCUUCACUGUGUGUAAAGUAUUUAGAGAAGAUUCAUCGAAUUUCUCCAAAGUUGGAGUCUUGCAACUCCUUUGAUCGAAAACAUAAGGAUUGCAGCAACAAUGGGCUCGUUUCAAAAUCUGAUUUGGUUCAUGGGUUGGUUCAGAAGAAACCCAUCAUUCUACACUGGAGUUCUGAUUCAGCUGAUGGGUUGAGCUGCGAGAACUCUGAUCUUCUUCUUCUACGUGAUGGCCUCGAUCACAUCAAAAGCAGAGACAACACUGCGGCGUUAACGGAGACAGAGCUUGACGAGAAGAAUCAUCAUGGCGAGGAAGAAGAAGAGUCACGGUCUCGGGUUGAUGAAGACCAGGUGUUCGACGUUAUUACUCUCAGAAAAAUGGUGAAGAGAGAGAGGAAACGUAGAGAUUUCAUGAAGAAAGAGCUGGAGAAGGAGAGAAGAGCAGCUGAAUCAGCUGCGGAAGAAGCCAUGGCUAUGCUUCUGAAGCUACGGAUGGAGAAAAGCGUUGUGGAGAUGGAGGCAAACCAAUACAAGAGAGUUGCCGAACAGAAGCAACUCUAUGAUCAAGAAGUGAUUCAAUCUUUACAGUGGAUGUUGAUGAAGCUUGAUGACCAAGAAGCCACCAUUCAAGACUAACACAACAACUCUUUUGAUUGAUCCUCUGUUUGUAACUUUGUAUUUAUGCGUAUAUGAAAAAAUAAACAAAAUUGAAAAUGUUUUCGAUUCAGAUUAAACCGAGCAUUUCACCUUA